AUGCUGAAAUCGGUGAGUGCUCACACUCGACCCCAUACUAGUUUCAUAGUCAUCAUUCUUCCCCCCCUUCCCUUCUUCCUCUUCCCCUCUUCCUCUUUACUUCUUCCCCCCCCUUUCCUCUUUUUUCUUCUUCCCCCUUUCUUCCCUCUUUCUUCUUCUUCCCCCUCUUCUUCUUUCUUCUUCUUCUUCCCCUUUCCUCUUUCUUCUUCUUCCCCUCUUCUUCCUUUUCUUCUUCUUCCCCCUCUUCCUCUUUCUUCUUCUUCCCCCUCUUCCUCUUUCUUCUUCUUCCCCCUCUUCCUCUUUCUUCUUCUUCCCCCUCUUCCUCUUUCUUCUUCUUCCCCUCUUCCUCUUUCUUCUUCUUCCCUCUCUUCCUCUUUCUUCUUCUUCCCCUCUCUUCCUCUUUCUUCUUCUUUCCCCUCUUCCUCUUUCUUCUUCUUUUCUCUCUUCCUCUCUCUUCCUCUUCCCCCUCCUUUUCUUCCCUUUCCUCCUCUCUUCCUCUUCCUUUCUUUCUUCCCUUCCUUUCCCCUUCCCCUUUCUUCCCUUCCCCUUUCUUCUUCCCUUCCUUCCCCUUUCUUUUCUUUCCCCUUUCUUCUUUUUCUUCUUCCCCUUUCUUCUUCCCUUCCCUUCUUCUUCUUCUUCCAGUCCCUUUCUUCCAACUUCUUCUUCUUCUUCUUUCUUCUUCUUCCCUUUCUUCUUCUUUCUUCUUCUUUAUUUUCUUCCCUUCCCUUUCUUCUUUCUUCCCUUUUCUUCCCUUCUUCUUUUUCUUCCCCUUUCUUCCUUCUUCCUUUCUUCCCUUUCUUCUUCUUCUUCUUUCUCUUUCUUAUAUUUUCUAUCUGUUCUUGUCCUAUUGAACAUUCUUUUUUCUCCCGUGUCCCAUUGGUUCUUGGUCUCUUUUUUUUUUUUUUUUUCUCUCUCUCUCCCGUGUCUUGGUCUCUUUUUCUCUCUCUCUCUCUCUCUCCCGUGUCCCAUUGGUCUCCCAUUUUUUCUUCUCUCUCUCUCCCGUGUCCCAUUGGUCUCUUUUUUUUCUCUCUCUCUCCCAUGUCCCAUUGGUUUCUUUUUUUUUCUCUCUCUCUCUCUCUUCCCAUUGGUCUCUUUUUUUCUCUCUCUCUCGUGUCCCAUUGGUCUUUUUUUUUUUCUCUCUCUCUCUCGUGUCCCUCUUGGUCCCUUUUUUUUUCUCUCUCUCCCGUGUCCCAUUGGUCUCUUUUUUUCUCUCUCUCUCUCCCGUGUCCCAUUGGUCUCUUUUUUUUUUUCUCUCUCUCGUGUCCCAUGGUCUCUUUUUUUUCUCUCUCUCUCUCCUUUCCCAUUGGUCUUUUUUCCUCUCUGUCCGUUCUUUUUCUCUCAUAUAAAUUGGUCUUUUUUUUUUCUCUCUCUCUCCCGUACUUCCCGUACAAGUCUCUCUCUCUCUCUCCCAAUUGGUCUUUUUUCUCUCUCUCUCUCCCGUGUCCCAUAAGUCUCUUUUUUUUGUCUCUCUCUCUAAUUGGUCUCUUUUUUCUCUCCUCUCUCCCCCGUGUCCCAUUGGUUACUCUCAAUCCCCAUUAUCUCUUUUUUUCUCUCUCUCUCUCUGUCCCAUUGGUCUCUUUUUUUUCUCUUUUCUCUCUCUCUCUUCCGAUAAAUUUCUCUCGUAUUCGGCGGGCGCAUCGGCGCGAAUGUCAGGACCGGACAGUCUCGGCGGGCGCAUCGGCGCGAAUGUCAGGACCGGACAGUCUCGGCGGGCGCAUCGGCGCGAAUGUCAGGACCGGACAGUCUCGGCGGGCGCAUCGGCGCGAAUGUCAGGACCGGACAGUCUCGGCGGGCGCAUCGGCGCGAAUGUCAGGACCGGACUCGGUCUCGGCGCGAAUGUUGGACCGGAUCUCCGGCGGGCGCAUCGGCGUCAAUGUCCGGACCGGUCUCGGCGGGCGCAUCGGCGCAAUGUCAGGACCGGACAACCUUAUAUUCUUUUCUUCUUCUCUUUUUUUUUUCUUCUUUUUUUUCUUCUCUUUUUUUUUCUUCUCUUUUUUUUAUCUUUUUUUCUUUUUUUUUUUCUCUUUUUUUAUUCUUCUUUUUUUUCUUUCUUUUUCUUCUUUUUUUUUUCUUCUCUUUUUUCUUCUUCUCUUUUUCUUCUCUUUUUCUUCUUCUUUUUUCUUCUUCUUUUUUUUCUUCUUCUUUUUUUUCUUCUUUUUUUAUUCUUCUUUUUUUUCUUCUUCUUUUUUUUCUUUUUUUUUCUUCUUCUCUUUUUUAAAAGAGAAAUUUUUUCUUCUUCUUUUUUUUUUCUUCUUUUUUUUCUUUUUUUUUUUCUUCUUUUUUUUUCUUUUUUUCUUUUUUUUUCUUUUUUUUUCUUCUUCUCUUUUUUUCUUCUUCUUUUUUUCUUUUUCUUUUUUUUCUUUUUUCUUUUUUCUUUUUCUUUUUUUUUUUUUUUCUUUUUUUUUCUUUUUUUUUUUUUCUUCUUUUUUUUUUUUUUUUUUUUUUUUUUUUUUUUUUUUUCUUCUUCUUUUUUUUUUUUUUUUUUUUCUUUUUUCUUUUUUUUUUUUCUUUUUCUUCUUUUUUUUCUUCUUUUUUUUUUUUUUUUUUCUUUUUCUUUUUUUCUUUUUCUUUUUUUUUUUUUUCUUUUUUUUCUUUUUUUUUUUCUUAGAAUUUUUUUUUUUUCUUUUUCUCAAGUUUUUCUUUUUUGUCAUUUUCUUUCUUUUUUCUUUCUUUCUUCCCGUUUUUUCAAAGUCUUUAUAA